UUAUAUGUUUUUAACUAAACCGCACAAAAUUCUUCAUCUCUCUACACGACAAAACUAGCCAAAAACCAACAAAAACAGCAUUAGCCGUAUGUUCCAUGCUUAUAACAUUCUUGCAAGAGAUUAUGUACUUUAUAUCAGGCUUUGAUACCUACAGGCUGGCUCCAAAAUUACUUUAACACCGUCCAGCCACCAGAUACAUUCGAAAAAAGAAAUGUCACGCUAUAAUCUGACAAUAUUCACAAGAAAAUUUCAGCCUUAAAUCUGCAGAAAAACAAGAAUUUUCAGCCUGGCAGGAAGAUUAUGUUUUCAUAAGUAAUGCAAUCUUUUAUGUCAUUGACCCUUCUCAGUCACGCAAUUGGGACUUUUGUCAUUUAAAUUUUUCUUGCGUCACUGUUGAUGAAUGCGCGGGCGGACGAGACUAUAUAACGAGCACGAAACACGCACUUGAUAGAAACAGGGCUGACGUCAGGUAAGAGGAAAUUUUUUUCUUAAAGUCAAAGUCGACUUACAAAAGUCUCAAAAAUAUUCCAAAAUGAAUUGAACUUGUUACUGCAUUAGGAUAAAGGUGCAGUUAGAUAGCUGUAAGUAGACAUCACAAAACAACGAUAUUGUUCCUUGGUUUGUUAUUCAUGCAUAAUUCUCAGCAGUGGUCAAGUGAUGCUUUCAUUCGUCAUUCGCGUGCUUCUUGAGCCGUCCGCCUGUUGAAUCCAUGUUUAUUGGAACCUCUACUGAUCUCGAGCAUGGGAAAUGCUGAAGCUGUUCCAAAGCAAAAAUUAAUGAGCAGCGCGGAAACCAGCGACAAGGUCUUACCUUCAGACAAGAACACGACGGUUCGGCUCUGUGACACGUCCUCUCCAAACCGUACGAACGCCAACAACGAAAUCGAAACAAUUGGCGGUGUUGAUGAAACGAUGUCGACAGAAAAAUCUGCUCAGACCAACGGCAAUAAUCCCAAACCUACGUCUUCAACUUCGUCAACAUUUUCAAACAGCUCAUCAGGGAGUGGUCAAGACCAAAGACAAAUGUGGGAAGAAAUAUCUGUAAGAUACCAGCAAAUUCUUCACAGAGAAUACCGAAUGCUGAACUUGCCUUCUUAUCCAGUUGAAGGAGGUAAUUUUUACCUUUAUUAUGUUCCUGUGAUAGUAAAUCCGGGGUACGUGCCUCAGAAUUCUGGUGUUGACAGCGAAUGCAGCAAAGAGACAACAUCUGCCAAGGGAACCAGAGAAAACAGUGAUGACGUCAUUUACAUUGAGGACAGUGAUGAGGACUGUGUUUGUACCGUCAAGAAAGAACCUUGCGAAACGGUUCAAGCAGUGGAAUCAUCUUAUGCGGACAAGAACAUUAAAGUUGACAGCAAAGAAGAAACAUAUCGCCGUGAAGCAGCUCUAUCAUUUCAUGACAAGAACAUAAAAGUUGAAAGUAAAGAAGAUAUAUUUCCCCGUCAAACAGUUUUGCGUCAAGUGGAAAAGAACCAACAAGAUAAGCCCGCCUCUUUCCCUAUAUGGGAAGGGACUACAAGACAGGUGAAGGAAAAGUUCGAUUACAGGAACUCUUUCAUUCAACAUAACCAAUCAAACGACGGAAGAGAUGGCUCCACAUCGAGCGAUGAUGACAACACUAUGCGAGAUAAAGUACAAGAUAGAUACUGUGAUGAUAAAAAGAUCGAAGUCACAGAAGAUUUCAUCCGAAUUUUUAAAGGCUACACCAUAGAGUACCAUCCUCUACGUCGUGACAACACAGUAAAACAGGUCGUUCUCCCCGGAUCUCAACUGUGCAGUGAAAGAGAUGAAAAGAUACAGGAUCUAAAAAAGCGCGUGGCCGAACAAAAAGUGGAACUGGAGAAGCUCAAACAGUCGGUUGAGGGAAACGGGUGUGCAAAUGGUCUUUCCAAGCAAUUAACUGGAAAAUACUUUAAUGGAAAAGUGAGCGAAUGUCGCAUAGAAAGCAGCAAAUGUUCAUUUACGGGCCAAAGAGCGAGGGAAAUUCUUAAAGACUGCCCUUCUGCCCAAAUCCAUUACUUUCCUUCAGGUGAACGAAAAACAUUUCUCCCUAGAAGGAGAAAACAAAAGUCACCUCGUAGAGUUGAUACCCUUUCAAACGUCAAUACUGGAAUGGAGACCAGUAAUGUAAAAAUGGACCAAACAGACACCAUUAUGAAUGGACAAGUUAACAAUUCCUUGGCGAAAGCGGGAAAGCGAAAGUUAACUCCAUCCCCUGAAAUAGUGAAGGAAAAGCUUAGCGAAAGCACUAAACGCGUGAAAUGUUCCAAGAAGUCCAAAGUCCAAACAAAACGAAAGAAGAUGCAGCAUAUGUCGCAGUCAACUAGACCGAAGGUAAAGAAACGACAGCAGUCAUGGCAUGGUAAGACUCAAAUGGACCUUAAUCAUGGAGCAAAUUUGAGCAAAGCCAGCGUACCUGAAGACAUAAGUCAGGAGGAAUUUCUAUCAGUGUUCGGAUUGUUAAGAAAAGACGAGAAAAAAGACACUUAAGGUUUGAAUCUCACCGUGAAACGCGUUCAGGAAAUGUCCGCACGCGAGAUAUAUAAUCUAUGUUUUUUUUUUACUGCGAGGACGUUUUCCUAGUCACGCUUUGUUUGCAUAGUAAUAAAAGGGUGGUAUAACUGUCAUCUUUCAUUUGGAGAGAGGUGUCAUACAAUAACUCAGAAUUCCUAAGAAAAAUUAUCCUCCUUCCCAGAUCAGGCCGCGAUUAGUUAAAAUGUAGUUGAUUGAAAACCGAAUGAAUCAUUACUAAAUUUGAGGAUAUCGUGAACAGUUUUCAGACUAAGGAGACUCUUUGGUCGUGAUUCAGAUUGUUGCCGAAGUAGAAAGCCUAUAAUCUUUAACAACCGAUGUCAACUUAUAUCAUAGUUUAUAGCCGGAAAUGGCUAUGAAGUCCGCCAAACAUCGAAGGGGCAAACGAAGAUGCCAAGAUUUAUGUUGGAAGGUCCACGACCGUGCACAAUCUUUUGUUUCGCGCUCAUACACUGU